AUUCAAACAACGGCCAUUUCGUGAGAAAUAAUUUAACCUUAACAAUUUCAUACCCCUUAACAAACUUCCAGUAAAUUAGAAAAUUAAAUCUGAACUAAUUCUAUUUUCAGGUCCGCUUAAAUUUCCAACUUGCGCCCGAAAAAGACGAGCACAAAAAACCAGUGAAAUAGUAAAUUCUACACGCGCAAACACAUACAUACAGUAACCUAACCUUUUUCUUUUUCUUUUUUAGUGGUGGAUGGGUCAAUCAAUCUCCACCGUUGCCGGAGCUCAAAACCGUAGAUCUUCACCGGUGAUUAUUUAUUCAAUGAAGAAAGAAACUGACGACAUCGAUGACGUCAUCGUCGAUUUAUUCAAUGAUUUUGAUUAUUCAUCUAAUAUACCUGAUGAAUGUUUAGCUUGCAUUUUCCAUUUCCUUACAUCAGGUGACAGAAAAAGCUGUUCUUUAGUUUGUCGUCGUUGGUUACAUGUUGAAGGUCAAAGUCGUCAUCGUUUAUCACUCAACGCACAAUCUGAACUUGUAACUGUUGUUCCGUUCAUUUUUUCACGUUUUGAUUCCGUUACGAAGUUAGCUUUGAAAUGUGACCGUAGAUCUGUUAGUAUUGAUGAUGAUGCGUUGGUUUUGAUAUCUUUAAGGUGUCGGAAUUUAACGAGGUUAAAGCUUAGGUCAUGUAGAGAGUUAACUGAUACUGGUAUGGAAGCUUUUGCUAAGAAUUGUAAAGGUUUGAAGAAGUUGUCAUGUGGAUCUUGUGCUUUUGGUGCUAAAGGAAUGAAUGCUGUGUUGAAUAACUGUGCUUUAAUGGAGGAAUUGUCGGUUAAACGCUUACGUGGCAUAACGGAUGGGGCUGCAGCUGAGCCGAUUGGUCCAGGUGUUGCUGGGGGGUCGUUACGAGUUAUUUGUUUGAAGGAAUUGUAUAAUGGACAGUGUUUUGGACCGAUGAUUAUUGGAUCGAAGAAUUUGAGGACGUUGAAGCUUUUUCGAUGUUCUGGUGAUUGGGAUAAGAUUCUUGAAGUGAUUGCUGAACAAGUUGAAGGGCUUGUUGAGAUUCAUCUUGAGAGGCUUCAGGUGAGUGAUGCUGGUCUUAGUGCUAUUUCGAAAUGUUUGAUUCUUGAAAUAUUGCAUUUAGUGAAAACCCCUGAAUGUACUAAUAAUGGUUUAAAGAUUGUUGCUGAAAGUUGUAAGCUUUUAAGGAAGCUUCAUAUUGAUGGAUGGAAGACUAAUAGGAUAAGCGAUGAGGGGUUAAUUGCUGUGGCUAAACAUUGUCCUAAUUUGCAAGAAUUGGUUUUGAUUGGAGUGAAUCCGACGUGUGCUAGUUUGGAGAAGUUGGCUACGAAUUGCUUGAAUUUAGAGAGAUUAGCUUUGUGUGGAAGUGAAACUGUUGGGGAUCCGGAACUGUCGUGUAUUGCUGCGAAAUGUAUUGCGUUGAGGAAAUUAUGUAUAAAGAGUUGCCCGGUAUCUGAUCAGGGCAUGGAAGCGCUUGCUGGUGGAUGUCCAAAUUUGGUGAAAGUUAAGGUUAAGAAAUGUAGAUUGGUGACUUCUGAAAGCGCGGAUUGGUUGAGGACAACUAGGGGUUCUGUUGCUGUGAACUUGGAUACACCUGAACCUGAAAAUCCCGAUGCAACAAGCGCCAGUGAUGGUGGUGUGCCUGAAGCUGGGAAUGAAAAUAGACAGGUGGCUGGUCAAGUAAGAGGUGUAAAUAUUGCAUCAAGCAGUACCGGGAGGUCAAACUCCUUUAAGGCCAGGCUAGGACUUACAACAGGAAGGAAUCUGGUGGCUUGCACAUUCAGAAGGUGGUCGAGCUUUGGCGGGAGUUCCAGUUCCAGAAAUAACUAGAAAAAAGGAGCUGACCGAGAUCAAUCUUCAGCAACAACAACAUCCCCAGUGUAAUCUCAUAAGUGGAGUCUGGGGAGGGUAGGAUGUUCGCAGACCUUACCCCUACCUUUGUGGGGUAGACUGAGAUCAAUCUUAUGCUCGAAUAUUCUGCUAUUGAAGUUAUUUGGCUUUUAUUACAUUUAUAUAUUCUUGAGUU